AUGGCCUUUCAGGCCUGCCGGCGGCGUGGCUUUCUGGCUUGCCUGGUUUGUGCCACUCCACCCAUUCUAGCGCUGCUGCCGUGGCCGGAGGAGCUGUUCUCUGCGCGCCCAAAGUUGAUCAGAGCCGAUGUCCUGGGCCAGCGACCAGCCGCCUUGGGAGCCGCGUCUGGCGUCCGCAAGGAUCCGCACGAGUAUCUCUUUCACGGCCUUGGCGCCUGCGAGACCGGGUACUACGCGGGCUGGCACUCCAGCGAAGCCGCAGAUCUGGACACCUGCAAAGCCGCCUGCAGCCGCGAGCCUCAGUGCGCCAUGCUCAGCUUCAAGCAAGGCGUGGCUUGCGGACGCUUCGACGCGACCAGCGGGGGCUGCCAUUUGCAGUGGCAGCAGGAGAAUUACUCCUCCUACUUGAAGUGGCGAAGCUGCGACUGGGCCACUGCGGAGGUUCUCGAGGGCCACAUUUGCGGCGGACAGUACGGAGACUGGAGGACGAGCUCCAACCAGACCGUGCAGGCCUUGCUUGCCUCUUGCAGCAGCACGCCGAGGUGCAAGGGCCUGAUCUGGUGGAGGCAGCCUGGUAAGACCUGGCUCAACGCGAGCAAGAGCUGGUUCAAGGUUUGCACCAGCGACACCUCGAGAGCCUCAGCUCCUUGGUCUUUCAUCAAGAACCCCUGCGCCGUUCCUCCAGAAGACGAGCGCAUGCACCGUGAGCUGACACGGACUUCGGCUCCGGAGGUGUGUGAGGAUGAUCCAGUCGCUGCUCUACCGCCCCCAGUGACGGGACCCGGAAACGUGGAGCUGGUCAUCUCUGCCUUCAACGAGAACCUCAGCUUCAUCGAGCCCUUGACGCGCACCACGCGCACCACUCAGCUGCGAGUUCGCAUCUACUGCACUGAUCCCAGCCUGGACCCGCGCUGCGAGGCUGUGCCGGACAAAGGUGGGGAGAACUUUGUGUACCUCAAGCACAUUGUGGACAACUACGACCGCUUGGCGAACGUCACAAUCUUCAGCGUUGGCAGCAUCAUGAGAAAUCACAAUGACCAGCUUCUUUGCAGGAAGCUGAACUUUCUCCUGGACCAGCUGGGCCCUCUGACAGGGGUUGGCUUCCCUGGCUUCAGCACUAUGGCCCACACCUUCCCAGGAGAGUUCAACCCCUUCAACCCCUUCUUCGAUAUCGAGAAGUACAACUCCCAGAAAUGGGGCCGCAUCAAGCUGUGUGAGCCGAGUGUGCGCCCGCUGGGCGCAUGGUACCAGCAUUUCCUGGGGGACUUGCGCAGGCCCCUGUGCAACGGAGUCCUUUUCAAUGGCAUCUUCGCCGCCUCGUCGGCGCGCCUGCGGCGCUGGCCCAAAGAAACCUACCAGCGCCUCAUGGACGAGCUGGGCAGGUGUGGGGAGCUGCGGUCGGUGGCAGACCACUUCAUGGAGAGAGCUUGGAAGGGGAUGCUGGACGACGGGGGAGGACCAGUGAAGGGGCACGCCAAUCAGUGCCCGAUCGAGGAGCUCGUGCUGCAAGAGUGCUUCCGCAAGGAAAACGGCAGGCUCAAGAUGAACAACGUCAAGCGUAGCUUCUUCCGCUGUCCAGAGUGCCACGCAGACUGCGGGGUGGCCGGCCUCCACGUGCUAAGAAUGCUGGCGUUGGUGGCCGCUUCCAGCGCCAGCUUCGGGCUCCGAAACUUUAGCCUCCCGCGGCCGGGAGACCUGCGCCGGAAGUUCCACCUGGGAAGUUGCGAGGUGCUCUUGCAGGUCUUCGCAAGCAGCGUGAAUCCAGCCGACCGCUCCGUCUCAGGGCCAUUCCCGCAGGUCAUGGGCUCGGACCUGGCGGCGGAGGUGCUGGCGGUGGAGGCCACCUGCAAGAGGCUAAGAGUGGGAGAUCGAGUUUGGGCAGACAUCGGCGCGAUUGUCAACGGAAGUUUCGGCAGCGGGAAGGAGAAUGGCGCCUAUGCGCAAGUCGCUGUGGCACUGGAGUCACAGCUGGGGCUCCUGCCGCCGAACUUGGAGGUGCUCGAGGCGGCGGCACUGCCCAAGGUGUCGUUGACCUCCUACAAGGCUCUCAAGUGGUAUGGAGGGGCACCUUACGAAGGAGGCGCCGUGCUGAUCCUGGGAGGCAGCGGGGGCUGCGGCACCACUGGAAUCCAGCUGGCCAAGGCGUGGGGGGCGGGCCAAGUGAUCACCACCACCUCAAGCAAGCACGCCGACUACGUGCGCAGUCUGGGGGCAGACGACGUCAUUGACUACCAGACGCAGAACUGGUGGGAGGUGCUGCCUGACGCGUCGGUAGACGUGAUCUACGACACUGUGGGCGAGGGCAGCACGGGUGACCGUGCCAUGGCAAAGCUCAAGGCGGGAGGGUUCUACGUGACCAUCACCGGGGAGCUUCCGAAGAAUCCCCGGAAAGAUGUGAGGAGCUCGAUGUUCAUCAACUCGGAGACCAAUCUGGAGAACUUCGAAUUGCUGGACGAGCUCACGGAAUUGGCGGUAAAGGGGCGGCUGCGCAUGCCCCAGAAAACGGUCUACGAUUUGGAGGACAUUUUGACCGCCUUCAACGCCUCCGCCUCGCACCAUGUCCUGGGCAAGUUGGUGGUCAAGAUGCCGGGCGGACGCUUGCAGACUCUGGAAGUUUGA